UGUAAAUGAACAGUUUUUCUCAUAGCCCAGGUUCUUUACCCAUGAAUAUCUUCAUUCAAGGCUAUAACUGCUAACCAGUAAGAAACCAGACAAGAUUUCUCAAAACUGUUUAUAAGAGAGAGAAGAGGGAGAGGAAGCAAUGAAGAGCCUAGAGGAACACAACUAGUGGUGCACAUUCCCCUGCAGCUCUCUAGACAUACAGCCCUUCCUAUUUCCUCAGUGUACAAAAUAGAUCUCAGUGUAUUCUAUUUUAUUUAACUUUAUGUAACCAAAAAGGAAUACACAAAAUACUGUGAAACAAGUCACACCAACAACUAACUGCAAACCCUAAACAGUGAGUGAAAUUACAGUCAAGAACCAAUGCCCCAGGAGAGCUCUGAGACAUGCGUCAAAAUUGAACCUCGUGCCACAGGCAAAUUGUUUCUAUGCUUCUGCUUUGUGCAAGAGAAGGCCCAUAGAGACUUCAUGAGUGCGACUCAGUCGUUGCUGCAUUCAGCAAAACAUCGCUCAAACUUCAUCUGCGAUUCCUACAGGCUGUAGGUGCUCCACUCUUUAAAAAGGCAGCAAUCAAAAGGAAAGCCUCUCAGACGCAUGCUCCCAUUUUAAUUGAUUCAGUUUUAAUUCAUGGGAAGUUUCCGUGCUGCUCACAUCUGCUUACUUGCUUGUGCUGGAAUAUAAUGUAACUACUGUAUAUGGAAUAUCUUAAAAUUAACUAACCAUGUUUUAUUGUUUAAUGACACAAUGAGAACAAAACUGACUCAUGUUUGUGUGGUUUAAACAAUACACAUUUUCAAAUUCAAAUGUUAUGGUUGUUGGUUACAAUUAUUAAGGGGUUUACUGUUAAAUACGGGUUAAAUUCAUCUUUCAAACUACUUCCCCAGUGACACAGAUCGGUCCCCACCAGCCUGCCCAUCUGCAGACUUGAAAGUGUGUCUUAUUGAAGAGAGUCUGAUUUCAUGGCUUAGUGACCUGAGAUUCUCAGAGAUAUGGUUCCUGACCUGUUGCUUCUGUCUGUCUCGAACUUACUGUAUGUUAUUUUCAAGAGGUGACAGACAGCAAGCUUUGUGCUGAGAAGAAAUGAAGAGGCUGUAGUUUGUAAAAGGUGGCUUACGUCAUUUUCAUUUGUGCCUGUUUUGUGUAAACAAAAGACCUUUUGUUAACUUUUCCUCCACGUAAUGGCUUAACAGAUCGUCUCAGCUAGUUCAAACUGCUCUGUGACAUGCUCUAAGGCUUCCUGCUGCAUGUUGUGCAUGAAACAGUACCGGCCAGUACCGUAACUUGGCAGCUAAAAAGCGUAAGAUAAGGGUCCUUUUUUCCACGGGGCCACCUGGCGAGAGGGGCAGCUCAUUCCCGUCCGUGGGGCGCGACAGAUACAGCAGCCCCGCCCCCGGAUCACGCGUGUCCCCAGCCCGGUGCCAUGGCAGCGGUGGCCGGCGGUUUCCGGGUGGGCAGUGCCCCGGCGGUGCCGACGUCGCCUGACGCACAAAGGGCAGGGCCGCCGCGUCCUCUCCCUCCCUCCAUGACCGUCUCUGCUCUCGGUCCUCCCGCCUCCCUCGUCACCCCACCCCACCCCUCUCUCUCUGUGCGUGCGUGUGUGUGUGUGUAUCGGCGGCCGCCUCUCCGGCUCCCUUCCCCGGCGAGGCAGACGAGGCAUGGCGGCGGAGACGGGCACGGCAGCCAGCGCCAACUCCAGCACAGCAGCGAGCAGCGGGGGCCGGGCGGCCCGGAGCGCACACGCACGGUGUCGGGGAAUAAUCGCCGUGGCACAUUUCUUUUGAACAUUUCUUCUUGGGGUUUUUUUUUCCCCCCUUCGUUGUCGCCGUUGUUGUAUGAUGCUCUUGUUUUGACAUAUCCCGGCAGGGGGGUGUUUCUUACCUGACGUUUUUCCUCCCCCUUUUUGUUUUAAUUUCACCAUCAGCCAACAACCCCCUCCACCGGCCCCCUUAACUCCUGGCGGUGCCAGGCAGCCUCGGGGGUUGUUGUUAUUGUGUUUUUCUCCUUUUUUUUGUGUGGUGUUACUAUUACCAUUUCCCUCACUGCCUUGCCCGGGCUCUGGAUUGCUCUCCCGGCGCACACAGCCGGGGGGGAACUCCUCUCAGUUGGCUGGACAGCUUGUGAGUGCCCCCUCCCUCCCCUGCAACACCUCCGCUCAAGACUUCAUCAUCAGUCCCCGGGCUGGACUGGUAGCUGACAGAUGGGAGCGAAACAGAGCAGCCCGGCGGCCAACGGGCGGACCAGGGCUUACUCGGGCUCGGAUUUGCCCUCGGGCACCUCGGCCGGGCCCGGGCACGGCAGGACGCCGGCGCUGAGGUACGGUUACGAGCCCGCCUCCGCACACGGGGCCUCGGGAGCCGCCGCCGCCGCGGCUCAGCCGCUCGGCCCCAGGACGAGGUCGGUGGGCGGCGGCGGAGCGGGGUCAGGGACCGGGAGCAGGCCCCAGUCGCUGAACCAAGCCGGCCUGAACAUCCCCAGCAGCGGCUCCCAGGAGUCCGGCAGCAGCACCCCGGAGGACGGCGGCACCGGCGGCGGUCACGGCGCGCCGCGGCUGCUCAUCGGCUCGCUGCCGUCUCACCUUUCGCCGCAUCUCUUCGGAGGUUUCAAGUGCCCUGUAUGCUCCAAGUUUGUACCCUCAGAUGAAAUGGAUCUGCACCUUGUUAUGUGUUUAACAAAACCACGGGCGACAUAUAAUGAGGACGUACUGACGAAAGAUGCAGGGGAGUGUGCGAUAUGCCUGGAGGAGCUGGUCCAAGGAGACACCAUCGCUCGCCUGACCUGUCUGUGCAUCUACCACAAGGGCUGUAUAGAUGAAUGGUUCGAGGUGAACAGGUCGUGUCCAGAACACCCUUCAGAUUAAAGAAUUUACUUUUUGCACAGGUUUCCGACUCCCCUCUUAAGGAAAGAGGUCUGCUCUGAGACGAGCAGACUGCAGAGCUCAUUUUGUUCAUGAAGAUGCCAGUACCAUUGCCAGCGCCUGCCUCUGGCUGGACGGAACGCACACGGAUCCUCACCUCCCAGAAAAACAGCAUCCUCCCCUCUUUGAGCCAGUUGUCACAGCACUUUGGUGUGCCAAAACAGUAAAUCAGUCUUCAGGGAUUCAGAUUUGUAUAUUUAUGCAUUUGUUUGCACACAUUUGUUGUCUGUAUAAAAGACUUCAAGGAUUUAAAAUUCUUUCCACAGACGCACAGUGAUAUUUUAUAGGUUGCUGUCAUGGCGGGCUUUUACCUUAAAUUUCACUUUUUUAAAACAAAACAAAAUCUUCCUUCCAGACUGUGCGACACGUGUUUUGUUAUGGCUGAUCAAAGUUAUUCCUCCUCGUCAGAUCAGAAUGGAGUCGCUCCUGAUCCUUGAGAAAUGCAGAUCAGUAAUAACUUUGUGGGAUUUUGCUGAUAAAAAUGAGCCACCCCACCUUAAUAUGUACAUAUCAUCUGUGUGCUUUGUGGAUAUACAGAAGUCUGCACUCUCACUCUUCUGUAUCUCCAAGCACACUUUGCAAACACUCUGACACUCCUAUGCAGCUCAAAUGCAUUAUACUCUGCCCUGUUGUUCACUGAUGUUCAAGUGCUAGGGGAAAGUUCAGUAGCUUCCUCUCUGCCUUUCAAGGGCACAGUCUUCUCCAUGAGGCGGAGGAAGAUGGUUCUCCACUCUUUUCCAGUGCUUUAUCAGACAACGGAUCCAAAUCCUCUGCUUGCUGGGCUGAUUUAAUCGGCUGGCUGAUUGUACGAUGGGACAGCUCUUCAUUUUGGAGCCACCUCCUUUCUAACUGUAUACCAGUGCCUUCUCAGUCAGACCGAAGGGGCCGGUCGCUGCCGAAGAGCCCCAUUCCAUGGAAAAGGUCAGGAUGCUACAGGCCGAGGAGGCUGAAACCCCGCGCGUCCGUCAGGUCUGGCUUGGGUGGUGGGUGGGUUAGAUUUCAGGGCCACGUCCCUUGUGAGCAGUGCGGCCACUAUGAAUGUGGCUGAGCAUUUUCGACACGACAAACGUUGGGCUGCAGCCACCUGGGCCAGACCCUGCAGAAAGUGUGUGUCUCUUGCAGCUGGGGGAGGAGGAGGCGAACUUUGCUGUGUGCUUUCUUUAGGUCUUUCGGCUGCUUCAGGGGUGGGAGCAGCAAAGUAACCUGAAUGCGUAGAGAAAGCUGAUGCUCUUGAUGUAUGCCUGGAAUGUUGGUCGUCGUAGAGGGUAGCAUUAUUAGUUUGGGACAUGAAGCUCAGCUGACCCUGAACUAAAUCCAGGGAUAAGUACAGGGAUAAUUGUACAUAUUCUUGCCUCUAUAUUGCUAAUAACAUCAUUCUUACUGUUGUUCUUAAUCAUCUUUUAAUGUCGAAAUUACGUAAUGUCUGUACAUUUUGCACAACCACACAAUUAUGAGUAAUUUCUGGCUGCAGAGGUGCUCCUUUCUAAAAAUAUCCGUGCUAAAGAAAAUUGAGGUUUAUGUGCACACGCAGUUGAAUAUUGAUUAGAGAAGAUGAUGUCCUGCUUUACAAAGUGCAUAAUUAGUGUGUACGCGUCCUCUAGGAUUUUCUCGAGAACAAUGGCACACUGAAUUCAAUCGCAGUGGAGACCUGCCUUAGUGAACCUGUUCAGUGUCUGUGCCAUGCUCUGUGCUCCUUAGAAUAGGCUUUCAGAUUACUGCCAUAGAAGGAAACUUUAAUUAAAAAACUUACUUUGCUGUCACAGAGAAAAAGUUCAGUUCAUACCUUCGAAAUGUGUUCAGAUCAUACUUCUGACAUGACACCGGCGUGCACAUAAGAAAUGAGGAAAGAAAAAGAUUGUGCAUUAAAAACAGCACAAAGAGUUGUAAGUCCUUUAAAUGAUUCAGAAACGUAUUUCUGUGGAGUGCUUUCUCCCCUUUAAGCUCAUCUGUAAAAUACUGUAGAAGGUGCAGGAGCAACAGCCUGUGCUUUUUCAUGGGUCUGUUUGCAAAGGCCUGAAGUUGUUUUUCUCUCGGGUUUGAUCCUGCUUGAGAGCCACGAUCUGUGCAGCAUCUCUGUGAAUGUGAGUGAAUUGUUCACACACCCAGCGUGCUGAAUGACAGCAUGCAAAAUCAAAAAAACAAGGGACGCUACUGGCCAUUCACGAGCUGUAAGUCUGUAGCUCACUGGGAGUUCAGCUGUGGUCCUAAUGCUUUAGAUGUGACUGUCUUCCGUCAAACAAUUUCAAUAUGAAGGUACAGUGGUGAAAGUCUGGUUUGAAUUGAAAAUGUGGCAGUUUUCAUCCACUAAUUUGCCAAUGGAUAAGCUUCAGCAGCAACUGCAGUACCAGCAAAACAAAUGUUACACAUUCACACAUUACAUUCCUCCUCCCUUAAACAUCCCAGUCUUGUUGCAGUUUACUGGGGAUGAUUGCAGCCCGUAUCAGCUUUCAGCUAAAACUGGAGGCCUUCCGAGUACUUUGCUGUAUCAACCCUUCUGAAGCCAUUGAAGUGCUGUGAUAUGCCAAGCAAAGCCCAUUCGGUGUUAAUCUGAAAGUAAUUCACAAAUGGUAAAAAUAAAGAGUUAAUGGCUGGUAAGGACGCAGUGAAUGUCACUAAAGCUUUGGAACCUGUAAGAUGCUGGGAUGCGAGACAUCUUUAUUGCUUAACGUUUCUAAUAAGAGUAAGGAGACAUGCUAUUCCAGACCAUUGGUUGUCAAAGGGAUUGACAAGAUGAUAUUAAACACGAUACCAAAAAAGGCUGAAAUAAACAACUUCUUGAAGUUUAUGGGAUUCUGAUUUCUAGCUUGCACUAUUGUAUCGUCAGAGACACUGAUAUUUUUAACAGUCCACCAAUCUCAAAAGAAAUAGUGUUGUCAUAUCAAAGUGAAACCGACAUAAGAUCAACAUCUUAUACUUGUGAUUUACGUUUUUUUUUUUAUAUAGAGAGAGAACAGUUAAUUUACGAGGUGUUUAGAAAAAUUGAUGCCAGAUUUUUGUCUUCUCACUGCAUAAGAAUGAGAAUUCAUGUUUUAAAAACGAGCAGCCCGGCUGUUCUGUCUCGCAUAGAAAGGCUUGCAGUCAGGUUAAACGGAGGCAACGUUACCAGCUACAGCCAGACUCCCUUGUGUCUUUUCACUGUCUUCACCUGAGGGCCAGUCCCAUUUCCCCGCAGUGCCAAGGGGAUUUUCAUUUCAUCUUGUGAAGCCAGUGAUUUAUGUCACAACUCUACUAGGGUAUUGGCCCGAAAGCCUGCUGGACAUGAGUCCAGUGAUGCCAUGAAAUUCUCAGUGAAGAUUCUGACCUGCUCCAGAGAAACAUUGUCAUAUUUCAUUAAUGUUAUAAAUAUAUUAUAUUAAUAAUUUAUAAAUUAAUUUUUGAAAGAAGAUACUAGAGAGUAAUACUUUAGGACUGGACAGGGGCACUCCUGGCUUGUUCUGUAAGGUUGUUUAGUUCUGCUUUAAUAGAUCGAAAAGGGGUCAUCCAAGAACCUUUGCUGGAAUUUAUCAAGGUUACAAUCAUUUUACUUUUUUCCCCCCAGUAAAUACUUAUUUUUUCCAAUGUUUUUCAUCAUUGUUAAUUGUAAAUAUUUUUAUUUGCUGCUUAUGCUAAAAUUGCCAUACCUGAGCCCACGUGAAUACAGUUUGCGAAAGGCGAGCUUCCAAUUAACUGUGUAUUCACCACACAGAAAAACAGAAUAAAUGCAGGUUGUGUGAGUAAUUAAAAGCUAUGGGGCUUUAAAACAUGAACUCCUUUUAUUAACAUUAUAUUCAUAGGUAAUGCAACACAUUUUACUGAUUUGAUACAAAACAAUGAGUGACACCAGCUGGAUAAUUCAAAACAAAUUAAGGCAAAUACUGUGUCUUUCUGUAAUCAAGAAGAAGUGUUAAAUGCUCUGUCACCAAUUUGGAGCAGCUGACAUGAAAUAAGCUCUUUGUACAUUUUGUAAUUAAACCGGUUGAAAGAGAAUAUUCUGGUUAUGUAGCACUGUGGUACUUCUUCGACAAGCUGAUGAUCAUGGUAUAUUUUUUUAAUGAUUUAAGGGUGUAUGUGUAAUAACAUUCCAUUCAUGUAAAAUAUGUACAUAAAUGUGAAAUAAAAUCUUUUCAAGCACC